CCGUGUCUUUCGGAGGAAAUUCUCCGGCCUCAGGACCGGAAACUGUAAGCAAAGUUGUACUAUGCUUUUUAAGCUCAUUCCGCAGCUUCGCCUCCUUAACCCAUCUUUUCCUCCCAUGAAGUCUCCUCUACUCGUCAGCUCCUCCAAGGCCAUCCCUGUUCUGUCUCGGAUAUUCCCUUUUCGGCUCAAAUAUCUAUGUUUUGGCCUUCAUCUCAAUUCGCAUCUCGGCGUUCACCGAUUUUCCACUAGGUCACUUCGACCCAGACCUGAAUUCAGCCGUGUUGGUAGUGACAGAAGAGAUGUUAGAGGUUCUAAGAGUUUGAUAGAAGAUGAAGCCGAACUCAGUGAUUGGGUCAGUGACUUGAGGAGCGGUUAUUCCCAUGGUAUCAACAGGGAAAAUGAUUCAUAUUCUGAUAGGGAUUCUGAUAGGGCUUUUAAUAGAGCUGAGAGCAGCAGAGGUAGGGAUAGAAUUCAGGACACGGCUAGAAGUAGAGGAAGAGUUAGGGAGGGUUUUUCAACUAAGAGAAGAAGGGACAGUAUUUCGGACGAGUUUGUUGAGUCUGAUAGGAAGAGAGUUCACAAACAGGCUGAUUCAUUUUUGAGGAAUUCACAAGCAAGUGAGCGAUUUGAUAGUGGAAUUGUGACAGUUGAAGUUGGGAAUAAAGAUUUAAUGAAUGGAAGGAGAGGAGGGAGAGGGAUGGAUUCAGGGUUUAGGAGACAUGGGAAGGGAUUAGGGGGAAAAACAGAUUUUGUUGAUGAUGAUAAAAAUGAAGUUAAUGUUGAUGAGAAAGAGAAUGAGAGGAAGGAGUUAAUUGAGCAUCUCAAGGAUUUGGUUGAUGAUGAGAGUGAUGAGACUGAUGAAGAUCUUCAUGAUGAUGAGAUCUUAAAGAGAAAUACAUCUUCUUCAUUUGAUUUGGACAAAGAAAGGCCAAGUUCACCUGUAAAAUACUAUUCUUAUUUAAGCGAGUCUAGAUUUGAUCAGUGUUCGAUUUCUCCUUUGUCAUUAAAAGGAAUCAAGGAUGCAGGAUAUGAGAAAAUGACUGUAGUUCAGGAGGCCACUCUUCCAGUUAUAAUAAAAGGUAAGGAUGUUCUUGCUAAGGCUAAAACAGGCACUGGAAAAACUGUAGCAUUUUUGCUUCCAGCAAUUGAAGUAGUUGUAAAAUCUCCUCCUAUUGGUCGAGAUCAAAAGCGACCCCCAAUUCUUGUGCUUGUUAUAUGCCCAACACGGGAACUUGCAAGUCAAGCUGCAGCUGAAGCAAACACACUAUUGAAGUAUCACUCUUCUAUUGGUGUUCAAGUUGUUAUGGGAGGCACAAGACUUGCCCUUGAACAGAAACAAAUGCAAGCAAACCCUUACCAGAUUCUUGUUGCUACACCUGGAAGGCUCAGAGACCAUAUUGAGAAUACUGCUGGAUUUGCAACAAGGCUGAUGGGUGUGAAAGUCCUUGUGCUUGAUGAAGCUGAUCAUUUGCUAGACAUGGGAUUUCGUAAAGACAUUGAGAAAAUAAUUGCUGCUGUUCCAAAGCAACGACAAACACUUUUGUUUUCAGCCACAGUUCCUGAAGAGGUUCAACAAAUCUGUCACAUUGCUUUGAGAAGAGAUCAUGAAUUCAUAAAUACAGUUGAAGAGGGAACCGAGGAGACACAUUCGCAGGUCAGACAGAUGCAUCUAGUUGCUCCAUUAGACAAGCAUUUUUCCAUAUUAUAUGUUCUUUUGAAGGAUCAUAUUGCAGAUAACGUUGAUUAUAAGAUUCUUGUGUUUUGUACCACUGCUAUGGUCACUAGAAUGGUUGCUGACCUUCUUAGUGAACUGAGCUUGAAUGUUAGAGAGAUCCAUUCCAGAAAGCCGCAGAGUUACAGGACCAGGGUUUCUGAUGAAUUCCGGAAAUCAAAGGGCCUUAUUCUUGUGACAUCUGAUGUAUCCGCGCGUGGAGUGGAUUAUCCUGAUGUUACCCUUGUCAUACAGGUGGGCUUGCCAGCUGAUAGAGAACAGUACAUACAUCGACUUGGUAGAACAGGUCGUAAAGGUAAAGAAGGGCAAGGUAUAUUGUUACUGGCUCCUUGGGAGGAAUUAUUCUUAUCUACCAUCAAGGAUUUGCCAAUAACAAAGGGUUCAGUCCCUUCAGUGGACCCAGACACAAAGAGAAAGGUGGAACGGGCGCUAUCUCAUGUUGAGAUGAAGAAUAAAGAAACAGCAUACCAGGCCUGGUUAGGUUAUUACAAUUCUAAUAAGCUGGUGGGUAGGGACAAGUAUAGGCUUGUGGAGCUGGCUAAUGAGUUCAGCCGAAGUAUGGGACUUGAAAACCCGCCUGCCAUCCCCAAGCUCGUCCUUGGCAAGAUGGGCCUCAGGAAUAUCCCUGGUUUGCGUUCCAAGUAGUUUUGGUAUUGACUAUUGAGACCAUGUUCAUGCACUAGAAAAAUCCAGGCAGAUUUAAAAUUUUUUUUCAAGGAAAACAUCAUUCGGCAACUAUCAGAUUUGUUUAAAAGUAUAUUUGUGGAUUCGCUUGUGUGAAGUACAUGCAGGCUAUUCUCAAAUUGCAAACAAAAUCUUACGAUCUUCAAGCAA